GUCCAGCACUCGGUCGGAGGAGGAAAAGGAAACCAAAUCCUCCCCCCAUAAAUACCACCACCGUCUCCAGGGCCUCCGACCCCAACGACUACCUCCUUCUUCUUCCUCCCGAUCCCGAGCUGGAUCGGAAUCGACAGCGACCUUCCCCUUCUUCCCUCCUCAGCCACGCGUAAUCGCCUCCUUACCCACUAAGAAAGAAAGAAACAGAGAUAGAAAGAAAGAGUGUCAUCCCUCUCUGCCCCUUCCUUCCAUCUUCUUCUCCUCCUCGCCGCGUUGCGUUGGCGCUGCGCUGCGCUGUUCCGCGUGUGCCAGGUCCGGCCGAGCUAUAAAGCGUCGCCUUUUUUUCGCCUGACCCAUUUCGGGAGGGGCACGGAUCCGGUCUCGGGGGGUGGGGGUUCUCUUCUGCCGAUUCGCUUCCCGCGGCGUCAGAUCGGGCCUCUUCCCCGGCUCCGGCGGCCGAUUCCUCCGCGGCGGCGGCGGUCUUGAUCCGAUUCGGUUCGAUUCGGUCGUUCUCUGAGGCGGCGGCGGCGGCGGAGAUGUGGGGGGAUUCGAAGACGAUGCUCAAGUCCCGCGGCGGGGUCGGCGGCGGGGGAGGCGGCGACGGCGGGGACUACUUCCCGCCGACGCCGCGCAAGGACUGGUCGACGGGGCUGCUCAAGCUCGUCACGGCCAUGGUCAUCUUCAUGGCGGGCGUCGUCAUCGGGCUCUCCGUCAGCGCCAACGUCUCCCGCUACUACUACAACUCCCACACGGAGCUCUUCUUCCCCGCCAACACCUACAGCACCUCCUACUGCGACCGCCGGGGCGCCUCCGGCGACUGCGGGCCCGGGUUCAAGGCCUUCGUGCACCCGCCCUACCUCGCCCACUCCAUGACCGACGACGAGCUCUUCUGGCGCGCCACGCUCGUCCCCACCGCCGAGGAAUUCCCCUUCCAGCGGGUCCCCAAGGUCGCCUUCCUCUUCAUGACCCGCGGCCCCAUCCCGUUCGCGCCGCUCUGGGAGAAGUUCUUCCGCGGACACCAGGGCCUCUACUCCGUCUACGUCCAUGCCAUCCCUGACUACAAGCUCAACGUCUCCAAGGCUUCCCCGUUCUACGGCCGCCAGAUCCCCAGCGAGGAAGUGUCUUGGGGAUCAAUAUCCCUUGUGGAUGCUGAGAAGCGCCUCCUGGCCAAUGCGUUGUUGGAUUUCUCCAAUGAGCGUUUUGUUCUGCUCUCGGAGAGCUGCAUCCCGGUGUUUAACUUCCCAACCGUCUAUGAGUAUCUCAUCAACUCGGAGCACAGCUUCGUUGAGUCUUACAACAUCGACACCCCUCAAAGUGCUGGCCGCUACAACCGUCGAAUGGCCCCUCACAUCUUGCCUGAUCAGUGGAGGAAAGGCUCAGAGUGGUUUGAACUUAACCGUGAGCUGGCUGUGCGUGUAGUAGCGGACUACAAGUACUACUCCAUCUUCCGGAAGCAUUGCAGACCAUCUUGCUACCCGGAUGAGCAUUACAUACCGACCUAUCUUCAUCUGUUCCAUGGGUCGCUCAAUGCCAACAGGACCAUCACAUGGGUUGAUUGGUCAAGGGGAGGCCCGCAUCCAGCAAGAUAUGGUGCUGCAAACAUCAACGUGGAGUUCAUUCAGGCCAUCAGGAACAAUGGUACGCAAUGCCUUUACAACUCGAAGCACACUUCCGUCUGCUACCUCUUUGCUAGGAAGUUUGCUCCUAGUGCUCUGGGGCCAUUGAUGAACCUCACCUCCACCAUAUUGGACUUCUGAGUUACGCUUCAUCGGGCAUUACAUUAUCGAGAUAUCUCCAUCGACUCGUGUGCUUACCGGUGAAGGAGGAGCAGGGGUACUCUGCUAGCUCAGGGACAUUUGUCUCUUGGCAGAUAGAUCAGAGGCAGCUUUCGAUGACGCGUCGAUGGCGGAUGAUGCUGUGUGGGACGGUGAAACUCUUACUUCACUUAUCCUGAAGCUGAUUCCCGAGUAAUAGACGAAUGGCACCUGCAUUCAGAGAGGACUUUUUCACCUCCCAUUCUUUUUAAUAUAUCAUAGCUAUGUGUUAGAUCUCUUCUUUUUUCUUCUGCCCCCAUCUUAUUGUAAUGACUAAUGACUUGGUCAGGAUACUAAUUUAUGUGAAUAUAACUCCUCAAUCAUUCAAAUCUGGCGUUGCCAGAUGUCGCUUUAGUACAA